AAAUACUGGUCUUAAACAACACAGCAACCCUAAACACGGCUCUUGCAAUUGUUAGAAAUUGUAUUAUACAUUCUUUUACUUCUAAAUAAUUUUAUAGAUAUCAAAAUAUCAUUUAUUAUUUACAAUGAGCACAUCAGCCUUUUAUAACUCUGCGGAGGAAGUAAUUGUAAGGGAAGUUGACCUGGAAAAAGACGAAGUCACACCUCCGCUUGAGCAGGUUUGGAAUGGCACCCUACUAAAAAUUUGUUGGGGAUGGAUUCGACAAAAUGGAUACAAACGGGUCUGCCUUCAAUUCCCUGACCAUUACCUGCCGCAUAGCGACGAGAUAAGUGAUAGCCUUAAGGCUUUGUUCACUCCCAACAGUGGGUCGACAGAUAUAAAACUUUUUAUCUUGGCCGAUACCUCUUAUGGCAGCUGUUGCGUAGAUGAGAUCGCUGCGGGCCAUGUUGAGGCAGAUAGCUUGAUUCAUUUUGGCAACGCUUGUCGUAGUAGAGUGUCUCGUCUUCCGGUGCUGUAUAUGUAUCCACAAUAUCCUUUUGAUUUAAAAGAUUUUACGCUAAAGUUGUCUUCAAUAGAUGAGACUGUCAAUGGAAAAGUCUUAUUUAUGUACCUUGAUAUAGGUUAUCAUCAUUUGCUAGACAAACGUGUUAACGAAGCGGAUGAAGACUCGUUAAGCUAUAAAUUAAAGGAAAUACUGCCAUGUAAGGAAUUAUUCAUUGAGGCAUACCCCCCUGCAGAGGACGCAGUAGAGCAAAAGCAUCCAAGUGAUCCCAUCUGCCUUUUCGUCGGUUCCGAAAACGCAAGAUUUUCUAACUUAUCCAUCACAACCCAAGCUUCACAAUGGUUUAUCUACGAACCAAAUAAAAAUGGUUUGUUCGAAAAAAAUCCGUUAACUGCCCAAUACAUCCGCCGACGAUACCACUAUAUAGAGAAAUGUAAAGAUGCUCAAACUCUAGGACUAAUUGUGGCCACCCUUACAGCCGAAGGUUAUUUAAAAAUUGUUUCUAGACUACAGGAAAUGGCUAAAUCUCGUGGAAUAAAGACUCAGAUUAUUUCAGUGGGGCGGAUUAACCCCGCUAAAUUAGCGAACUUUUUAGAGAUAGAUUGUUUCGUGCUAAUUGGAUGUCCCUUCAAUAACUUGUAUAAUUCCAAAGAGUACUACAAACCCAUUGUUUCAGUAUUCGAAGCUGAAAUGGCACUCAAUCCAGCAUGGCAUAUGAAAUAUCCCGAGGCAUACGUAACCGAUUUUAAAAAGUUGCUACCGGAAGGAGAAAAGUUUUUGGCCUUUGAUCCUGCAGUCCAGCAGGAACAAGACGUCAGCCUAAUUAGUGGUCGUGUUCGAGGCAUUACCGAAGAUACUGCAGAGGAGGGAGCAGCUGCACUAAGUGAGCAGCAGCAGUCGCUUACUGGGAUAGGAAAAAUGGAAGUCAUGACCACCAAUACUGGUCUCACCUUUGAAGACCGUACUUGGAAAGGUCUUGAUCCAGCAUUAGGAAACACAGAGCCAGCCAAGAUAGAAAAAGGUCUUAGUGGUAUUCCGACCAAUUAUACGCAUGACUAGUUCCAUUAUUUUUACUUAUAUAUAUUUACAAUUAUUAUUAGUGUUCUAAAAAACUUUUGCUCCGGGUAUUUGUAUUAAGUUAAAGGGCUUCUCAAUAAUAUUAGAUUUUUUCUGUAUAAUAUAUAUUAAGGGUUGUGUAACUGCACAUUCAAAGAUUUAUUGCUCACAAGAAAAAUAUAUAAAUCGAUUUAAACUA